AAAAAUUUAAACCUGCAAAUUAAAUCAGAGCAAAAAUAGAACAAAGAACAAAAAUGCCUUGUGCCAUAGCAAUAACAAAUUCUCAAAUAUUCUCACCAUCACAACAAACACCCAAACUAAUUAAUUCACCAUUUUUCUGUAAACCAUCAUCUAUACAAUCGCCGGUAAAUCUGUCGUCCUUCUAUGCAUCAUCAUCACUGUCUCCGGUGCCGGCGCCGGCAGUUUUAUGUCAAUCACCUCUAUCGCCGUUGACUAAUUGCUAUAACAGAAAUCUAAGGGAAGAGGAGGAACCGACGGAGUGCUCCACGUCGUCAUCGUCGACGACGGCGGAGGCGGUGGCGAUUUCAAAGAGGAAGAGGCCGGCGAGGAUUUCGAUUCCGAUCGUAUCGUUAGGUUUGGGAAACGUUGGUGAAACUCCGAGGGAAGAGAGUAGGGUGGAUGAAGUGGAAGUUGAAGGAGAAGGUUACUCUGUGUUUUGUAAAAGAGGGAAAAAAAGAGGUGAUAUGGAAGAUCGGUAUUCUGCGGUAGUUAAUGAUGAUGCUAAAAACGGCUCUAAACAGGCCUUUUUUGGUGUAUUUGAUGGACAUGGUGGAGCAAAAGCUGCAGAGUUUGCGGCAAAGAAUUUGGGCAGGAAUAUUAUAAAUGAAGUGGCAUUGAGGAGUGAAGAGGGACUAGAAGAGGCAGUCAGAGAGGGUUACCUCACUACAGACACGGAGUUUCUUAAGCUAAAUGCAAAUGGAGGGAGCUGUUGUGUGACAGCACUGGUACAGAAUGGAGAACUUAUUGUAUCAAAUGCUGGUGACUGUCGUGCUGUUAUGAGCAGAGGAGGAGUGGCAGAGGCACUCACAGUUGAUCAUUGUCCUUCGAGGCAAGAUGAAAUGGAAAGAAUUCAACGCCUAGGUGGCUAUGUAGAUUGUUGCCGCGGUGUGUGGAGAAUUCAAGGAUCUCUUGCUGUGUCACGAGGAAUAGGAGAUUCCCAGCUUAAGAGAUGGGUGAUAGCUGAACCAGAGACAAAAAUAUUGACGAUUGAACCAGAAUGUGAAUUCCUGAUCUUGGCAUCUGACGGUCUUUGGGAAAAGGUAAGUAAUCAAGAAGCAGUGGAGCUACUUCGACCUUUCUGCGUAGGUGUUGAUAACCAACAGCCUUUAUCUGCUUGCAAAAAGCUUGUUGAUUUGGCAGUAACGAGAGGAUCCUCUGAUGACAUAAGCGCAAUGGUCAUUCAACUAGGUCAAUUCGUUCAAUAAACCAAUGCUCGGAAGAAUCUGCUUGGAUGACGACUUGCUGGUGUUCAGAUGUUUGUCACUUGCAGUACCAUGGAAGUUCACAGGUUAAAUCAUUAGAGAUUUUCAGUCUUAACCAAGCUUAACAGGAUAGUUAUUAGUGUCAAAAAACAACAACAUACCAAGUGUAACCCCACAAUUGGGGUCCGAGGAGGGUAAAAGUGUACGUUGACCUUGGAUCACUUCAGUUUUGAAGGUGACUCGACAUUUUUUUGGAGCAUUUGAAGUUAAAUUUUAUAUUUGUAUAGGCUUUUAACAUGUUAGACAUUCUGCUCUGUGGAAACAAAUUAGGUUCUGGAACAUCAUGAUCUUCAUGUAAUAUAAUUCCCCUUUCCAAUUAAUGGAGCUGAUGAUAUAUCAACCUUAAUCAUCUAAUUCAGAUGCAGUUUUAGAUUUUAAUGACUUGUGAAU